AUGUCUCUUCAAAUCCUACAAGUCGUCCCCUGGCCCUCUGAUCUGCCCUCCAGGAGUCACGGCCGCAGGAAACAUCGCUAUCACAGGUCUCCAUCAGAGGCGUCCUCGUGCCAGUCUUCCUCAGAGGAUAGACGCCAUCUGCAGAAGUCUGAGGUGCAGCAGGUGUUCGGAGAUCUGGGAAAAAAUGAGUGGAGAUCGCCACCAGCAUCAGGGACGGCGCCAAAGUACCACUCCGUCCUCUCGGCUCACAGCAUUUUAUCUUCAAAAUCUGGUAGAAAUCAGCUGGAAGAGAAACAGAAUGGGUUGAUUUUAAGGCGGAGAGAAGAAGCCCCGCACGAUUACGACUCUGGGAAUGACACGUCGUCGCCGCCAUCAUGUAAAACGGCCGUGUCGGAGCGGAAGAGGGGACACGCCGCCGCCUUUCCCGACAAGCACAAGUUCACCGACAAUGGAUCCGAUUCAGGGAACUCUGUCACAAGCUACGCCUCUCUGUGCAAGACGUACAGAGGAGACAGCUUGUCCACCAGCGUGCUCAGCCCAGGAGCAAAAAGAGCAGACGUCCCAGGACUGUGGACCGGAGGAGUCGGCGAGAUCGUGCUGCUCUCACAGAAGCAGGAGGAGGUCCAGGUCCCACCGCAGCAGGACCCUCAGCCGCAGAUCGUCCACCAGCUCCAGACACUCACGCUGCAUCUCGCUCUCAUCUUACAGCUCAUAUUCCCGCUCCCCGUCCUCCUCCUCGAGUCAGUGGCGUCGCGACAGCUCCAGGGGAAGUUCUUGCAGACACAGUGCAGACAGAUCGCGGGACCGAAGACGAACCUCAACCUCCAGAAAGUCCAAAGAGUCACGUUCACAAAAGAAACGACGGAGACGCAAGUCCUACUCCCCCAUGAAGAAGAGAAGAAGAGACUCGCCAAGCCACCUGGAAGCACGGCGCAUUACCAGUGCCAGAAAGCGGCCCGUCCCUUACUUCAGACGCAGCCCUUCGUCCAGCCGCUGCAGCGUAUCAUCCUGGAGCAGCCUGUUCUCCCGGAGUCGCUCCCGCAGCGCCCCCUACAGGGGCAGCCGUAG